CAGGCAGCUCCACCGCGCUUGCACCGGGGCCGUGCCGCCAUGAGGGGAGCCUGGGCCGGGGCCGCGGUUCUCGGCCGGGCGCUGCGGGCCCCGGCUGCGCGGGGAGGUUUUGCUGCCACACCGGUUAGGAACUCAUACGAUGUCAGGAAUGUUGAAAUCACUCCCCCGGAGCAGAGGAAGGUGACUUUUGAUACCCACGCAUUAGUGCAGGAUCUGGAAGCCCAUGGCUUUGGGAAGGAACAAGCGGAGACCAUCCUGAAGGCGUUAGUAACCCUGUCGAAUGUCAGCUUGGACACAGUCUAUAAGGAUAUGGUUACCCAGACUCAGCAGGUAAAAGAUACUCAAUGGUGUACAUGCACCAUGGUACAGGAAAUAACUUUGAAGCAGAUAAUGGCACAUUUGGACUCCAUUCGAAAAGACAUGGUCAUCCUGGAGAAAAGUGAAUUUGCAAACUUGAGAGCUGAGAAUGAGAAAAUGAAAAUCGAAUUAGAUCAAGUCAAACAGCAGCUGUUGAACGAAACCGGUAAGAUCCGAACCGACAGCAAGCUGGACAUCAACCUGGAAAGGAGCAGGGUGACGGACAUGUUCACAGAUCAGGAGAGGAAACUGAUGGAAGUGACUACAGAGUUUCAUAAGAAAGAUUCAAGUACCAACAGUGUUAUCUCAGAAAUCAGUAAUAAAAUUGACACCGAAAUAGCUUCCUUAAAAACACUCAUGGAAUCGAAUAAACUUGACACAAUACGUUACUUGGCAGAUUGUUCUGACCUUCCAACGUAGCAUCAGCAUCUCAGCUGGUCAAGCCCUCCAAGCCAGGAGAUAAACCUCAAAGAAGAUGAAGGAUCUCAUCCUGAAGUACAUGUCUAAUCAUGCCUGGAAGUGCCUACAACAUCUCUUCAAUAAGUCUAAAAAGGAGCUCAAGGUAACUAACUGGGAUGCAGACAUAUACAGUGCAGAUGUAUCAAGUCAUCUCUGACAGGUAGGGGUGGACACAGGGCUGUCUUUUGGGUGCUGCAUUAUUGCUCAAGCACUAAACCUUUGGUAGACAGAAGGGCUUUUCUUUGAAACUUAGUUUGCCCAUCAAAGCACCAGUCUGACAGGAUGCUUUUAUUAAAUGGGAGACCCUGGGAAUUAGACAUUAUGAAAAGUGCUUCACAUGCAAGAGCAGGUUUGCUGAGAUUUCUAUUUUCUGUGGUCUGGAUAUGAGCUAAUGCUUUCUUGAGUGCAGAAAUAUAUUGCCCCUGCCAUGGAAAUGUAGCAGGUCAUUGAAUAAUUUCUGCUGGAUGUGCACUUCCAUCCAAGCCAUGCUAUGACUAAUGCCUUUUUUCAGAUGUACUAAAGUGCAUCCAUGUAUUUGGCAUCCUCAGUACAAACAAAACAGCCAGGAUUUAUCAGACCUACUGCACAUAUGCUGCAGGAGAGCCUGAACAGAUGGUUUUGCACAAAAGGUGUGGGCCCAUCAACCACUUCUGUUGUGCUGUGGGGCUGAUUCUGGUGAUAGUAGUUUAGAAAUGGUCAGACAAAUCGCUGCAGUUCAUUUCUUUUUGGCCUUUUGGAGUGGAAAAGAUGAUGGAGUGGCCAAAAGAAUCUGAGUGUAAGUUAGCCUUAAAUAAAGCUUUAAAAGGAACUUCACAGAGUUAAACCUUAGCAGGGCAGAUUAACCUUACUUCUCAGCUUCCCUUUCUUCUUUCUUCACCUUCUUCUCCUCUUCAGUUAUUCCUCCCAGCUGCCUGUAGUUGCUGUAGGCAAUUUCUAGAAGUUGCUGAAGUUCCUGGAUCUUGUGAUAGGCCCUCACUGUAAGACAAGAGUUCUCCAGGUAGGUAAAACGCAUGGAGAAGACAGUCAUGCUGGAAUCCUAUCGUGAAAAACAAUAGGAUUCCAGCAUGAAUAAACACAGAGCAGAAAUCACACUGCUCAGCAAACACUGAGCUACACCUGACACACAGCAAACAGGUCUCAAAACCAAGCAGCAAUCCAACAUGGUUUCACCAAAACAGAUUGAAACAGCAGGACAAUCGUGUUCUGACUGUCUCUGCUGUGUUUUCUGAUCUUCCACAGUUCAUUUGAACUCUCAGUGGUACAGAUAUCCUGCCAACUGUCUCUUCUUACAAGAGAAAAGCCACAGCAGUUGACAGAAACUGUGCAACUAGGACUAUAAUGUCUCGAGACCAACUGUUUCGAACAAGGAGUGAUGGAAACAGCACUUACUGCGCGCAUCCCUCUUCUCUGCUUUAUCCAGGGUUACGUCUGCUUUGCUAUCUGUGCUGCCUUCCACACCAUGGCUUUCAAAAAACUUUAUGUUCUUUGCAUCUAGUUCUUCAUCACUUGAGUUACUGUCCCCAGCUCUUUGUGUCAGAAGUUCCACAGCUGCCAGUUGGGCAAAUCUGCAGAGAGAGCAGUGAACCUGCGCUGAGAUAUCCCCAUAGCCUGCAAAAACACGUGUGAGAGAAACUCUCUGAAACUCCUCAUGUUCCCAUUUAUCAGAGGGGGGCAGGAUUAAAGGAAGCACAAGGUAUGAGCAGCUGAUCUGCUUUUUGUAGUAUUCUGAUGGCAUGAGCUCUGCCUCAAGGGAAUCUUAGGACAAUGACUCCUACAUCAGAGGUGUCUUUGCCUUUGCAGGAUUGUGUAAUUGAAUGCCAUCAGAAACUGCAUUCUUUUUAUUCAUGCAAAACUCAGGUGGCCUGAGUUGCUUCUCAUCUAUUUUGCACAGCAAACUGUGAGCAUCCUGGCUCACCACCUUUUGCAGGUCAGCUAGUUUCCUUCUUUCAUGUCUGACCUUGCUAAAAUAACUAACUAAAUAAAGUAAAAAUUAAACCCUUGUGCAGCUACAAUACAGCUUUGCUUGUCACUCAGAACUGGAAUACAUGGGCCUGGUCUGUUCUUGCUCCAUCACUGAAAAUCAGGAUUAAUCCCAAGAAAGCUAACAUGAUAUUGAUAUAUAAAUAGUAAGGAAAUCAAUGGCA